AUGGAAGAUCUUCGUGCAAAGAUGAUGGCUGAAAUCAAGCAAUUGAAGAAAAAGAUAGGAGGAGGAAGAUUAGAAGAGGUAAUGAGAGAAGCUAACACUACGCCACUAACUCCGCGCCUAGCCAAAGCACUCAUACCAAAGAAAUGUCCAAUUCCAGCGUUCGAAUGCUACGAUGGAUCCUGCGAUCCCGCAUCUCAUCUUCGAUAUUAUAAUCGUAUGCUAGCUCGAUGGGAUCAGGAGGAUGUGGUCCUCUGUAGGCACUUCCCUCCAAGUAUGAAUGGAUCGACCCUAUCCUGGUUUGAUAACCUUCCUCCCGACUUCAUCAACUCCUUUGACCAGCUCACCGAGAAGUUUUUGAGAACUUACAUGUACAACAAGGCUGUUCACGCCGGUAUGGACAAGUUAUUCUCGUUGGAAGUCAGGUACAAGGAGACAACAAGAGAGUACACGGAUAGAUGGCACAAGAUCUGUCAAGCUAUAGGAAAUGUGGAUCCGGUGGUCAGCAUCAACUGUUAUAAGUGGGGAUUGGAUAGGAUGAGCCCACUAUUUGUCGAGAUUCACGGUAGUGUGCCCACAAAUGAGGGAGACCUUCGAGUAAUCAUCGAGAAGCACGCCAUGUUAGAAGAGAUCCAGCGGGAGAAUCCUAGAGCCCAGACUCAAAGAUCCCAUCGAACUAACUCAGCAGAGCAAGCUAGCGGAUCAAAAAGAGCUAGUUCAACCGAACGUCCAACCGAAGAUAGGAGAGGACGAAGGGAGGAUCGUCGACAUGAUGAUCGAAAAUUCGAAGAUCAAGUCUAUACGAAGCUAAACACCAGUUAUGCUCGAAUCUUAAGAGAAAUUAAGGGUCGGGAAAACUUGGAAUGGCCAUGGUCCAAAGGAAAGCAGCCCCCAAGAUCCGAAAAGUCAAAGGAUUACUACGAAUAUUACUGCUUCAAUGGGCACCAGACCGAUAAAUGCAAGAAUCUAAAGAUAAUGAUCCAAAAGCUCAUUGACGCGGGAGAUCUCAAGUAG